CAAACAGUUCUAAUAAUGGCAGCACAAGGCAAUUUUCGACGUGUUAUUGGUGACAAUGGAUUUCGAAAUCCGAACAAACACAACAGUUACGAUGCUUACGAUGACCAGGUGUCCCCUGUAUAUAAUGGACGCCCCAUGCCCCCUGAGUUACAGUCGUUGUUCACGACAUUAGAUUCUUACGACCCGAAUGGCGAUGACGAUGUCAAUUAUCAUCUAAAAGAAUGCAUGGAAGAAUUUAGUAGCUGUAUGUAUGUGAAAGCAAAACAGCCAUUAUGUGGAGUCAACAUAAAAAAUGGCCAAAAAAGAGUUUUUUCAAACUUAUGUCAAAUGUUCUACGAAAACUGCAGGUCUGGGUCAGAUUCGGCCUGGACAUCUGUAGACGAAAAAAACUGCUUUAGGAUUGCCAGCACACAACGAUAACUUUUUUCCUAAAGCGACAAAAUUUAUAGGAAUCUAGACUCGAUCAAGAUAAUAUUAUGUAUCUUAGGUUUCUGGUUCCUGGAGUCGAACUUAAUUAAUUACUAUUAUUACGUAUACCAGCUUCGAUAAAGAUGUCUA